AUGCAAAAGAGAGGAGUUGAUGUACUUGUGGGUACACCUGGAAGUUUAUCGAUUCAAGAAAAAAGCUUUGAGGCGGUUGAAGACAUUAAAGAAAUGUUCAAAAAGAUUGACAUUGAUGAAAAUGACAAUGUUACAAUUGAAGAAUUAAAAACCGUAUUGCAAAAGUUGAACAUACAACUUGCAGAUUCGGAAAUACAGUUGCUUAUUGAAGCUGUUGCGGAGGUACCGCUGGGAACAAAUUUCGUAUGUCACUUGGUUUGCCAGUGGCUGCCACUGUCAAUUGCGCCGACAACACUGGUGGCAAGAACCUUUACACCUGAGGGAUGCAUCAGUGCGCAUUCUUCCCCGGCGAGUGUUAUCAGUUGUAUAAGUUUGCUCAAAGCCAAAAUGUAUCUCCAGUUUUACAUAAAUGAUAAUGGUGACAAAGUUUACACCACCAAGAAAGAAUCACCCGUUGGUUUGGCCACACAAUCAGCUCAUCCUGCUCGGUUUUCCCCUGAUGACAAGUUCUCGAGGCAGAGAGUUUUGUUGAAGAAGCGCUUUGGAUUGCUGCCUACCCAAAAACCAGCAAGGAAGUAUUGAGCAAUUGCUACUUUUGAUUGUUAUGUUUAAUGUGUGUUAGCUUAAUUAGUUACUGCAACUUGUUAGUAGUACCUGUGGCUGUUUCUUAAUGACAAGAUGAUUGAUUUGGAAUGUGUUUAUCUUUAAAGGAUCAAAUAUGUAAAAUCAAAACAUUUAAGCCAAAAAGGAAUUGAGAGAGUCUGCUGAAAAUAGAUCAUUUAUGCACCGGUG